UCUUCUUUGUUCUCUGGGAGCUUGCAUGUCCUGAACUGGAACUCUCUACAACUCCCGAAAUAACCCAUAUUUGUUAGUGAAAUAAGUGACAGUUUAACUUUUAAGAUUAACAUUCCUUGGUGAGCAGAUAUGGGAUCUCAAGAAGACCCCCCAAUAACUCCAAGGCUAGUGAGCAAACAGGUGCUAGACCCCAAAGAGCCAGUUGAGCUCACUGCUUUCUUGCCGACCCUGGAGUUUGAGGGAAGACAGCAUCCAUCUGUUAAAACUUUUGGCUUCAAAGGGGCACAAAGUCUCCAAAGAAAAAAUGCAGUUUGCUCAAACUCAGGUUCGAUACUUAGGGUACCUGAUCUCAGAACAAGGACUACAUUUGGAUCCAGGCUAGAGGCCCGCUCUGGCCAGCCCCCUAAGCUCGGUCCUCAGGGAGGCAUGGCGAAGUCCAGGGGCCGACGCUACCUUUGGAUGUGCUUGGCUGCGGUGCUGGCAUCUUUCCUGGCAGGAUUUAUGGUGGGCUGGUUUAUUAAGCCUUUCAAAGAAAGCACUUCACUGGGCUAUCAUCAAAGUAUGCGGUGGAACCUGGUAUCUGAGAUGAAAGCUGAAAAUAUUAAAUCAUUUCUUCGUUCUUUUACAAAGCUCCCUCAUCUGGCAGGAACAGAACAAAAUUUACUUCUUGCCAAGAAAAUCCAAACCCAGUGGAAGAAAUUUGGACUGGAUUCAGCCGAGUUGGUUCAUUAUGAUGUUCUCCUAUCCUACCCUAAUGAGACAAAUGCCAACUAUAUAUCAAUCGUGGAUGAACAUGGAAUUGAGAUUUUCAAUACAUCAUACCUUGAGCCACCACCAGAUGGAUAUGAGAAUGUUACAAACAUUGUUCCACCAUAUAAUGCUUUCUCAGCCCAAGGCAUGCCAGAGGGAGAUCUUAUAUAUGUGAACUAUGCUCGUACUGAAGAUUUUUUCAAACUGGAAAGAGAGAUGAACAUCAAUUGCAGUGGAAAGAUUGUUAUUGCAAGAUAUGGAAAAAUCUUCAGAGGAAAUAAAGUUAAAAAUGCCAUGUUAGCAGGAGCCAUAGGCAUCAUCUUGUACUCCGAUCCAGCUGACUACUUUGCCCCUGGGGUACAGCCAUAUCCUAAAGGAUGGAACCUUCCUGGAACUGCAGUGCAGAGAGGGAAUGUGUUAAAUUUGAAUGGUGCUGGUGACCCGCUCACUCCAGGCUAUCCAGCUAAAGAGUACACUUUUAGACUUGAUGUCAAAGAAGGAGUGGGAAUCCCCAAGAUCCCUGUACAUCCUAUUGGGUAUAACGAUGCAGAAGUAUUGUUACGUCACAUGGGAGGAACUGCUCCACCAGAUGACAGCUGGAAGGGAAGUCUUAAUGUGGAUUACAACAUUGGGCCUGGCUUUGCAGGGCAUGAUUCCUUCAGGAAGGUUAGAAUGCAUGUUCAUAACACCAAUAAAAUUACAAGGAUUUAUAAUGUAAUUGGAACAAUCAGAGGAUCUGUGGAACCUGACAGGUAUGUUAUUCUAGGAGGUCAUCGGGACUCCUGGGUGUUUGGAGCUAUUGACCCAACCAGUGGAGCUGCUGUUUUGCAAGAAAUUGUCCAGAGUUUUGGAAAACUGAUGGGUAGAGGCUGGAGACCUAGAAGAACAAUUAUUUUUGCCAGCUGGGAUGCAGAAGAAUUUGGGCUGCUGGGCUCCACAGAAUGGGCUGAGGAGAAUGCAAAAACACUCCAGGAGAGAAGCAUUGCUUAUAUCAAUUCUGAUUCAUCUAUAGAAGGCAAUUAUACUCUGAGAGUUGACUGUACACCCCUUCUUUACCAAUUGGUGUAUAAACUGACAAAAGAGAUAUCCAGCCCAGAUGAUGGUUUUGAGAGUAAGUCUCUUUAUGAAAGCUGGUUGGAAAAGGACCCUUCAUCUGAAAAUAAAGAUUUUCCUAGAAUCAACAAGCUGGGAUCUGGAAGUGAUUUUGAAGCUUACUUUCAGAGACUUGGGAUUGCUUCAGGCAGAACCCGUUACACUAAGAACAGGAAAACAGAUAAGUACAGCAGCUACCCGGUAUACCAUACAAUUUAUGAGACGUUUGAAUUAGUAGAGAAUUUUUAUGACCCUACUUUUAAAAAACAGCUUUCAGUGGCUCAGUUACGAGGGGCACUGGUUUAUGAGAUUGCAGACUCUAUAAUCAUUCCUUUCAAUAUUGAAGACUAUGCAAAAGCUUUGAAAAACUAUGCAACAAGCAUCUACAAUUUAUCUAAGAAACAUGACCAACGAUUGAGAGACCAUGGAGUAUCAUUUGAUUCUUUAUUUUCUGCUGUGAAAAACUUCUCAGAUGCUGCUUCCGAUUUUCAUAGAAGACUCACAGAAGUUGAUCUUAACAAUCCUAUUGCAGUGAGAAUCAUGAAUGACCAAUUGAUGCUCCUGGAGAGAGCAUUCAUCGAUCCUCUUGGUUUACCAGGGAGGCGGUUCUAUAGGCACAUCAUCUUUGCUCCAAGUAGCCACAACAAAUACGCUGGAGAAUCAUUUCCUGGGAUCUACGAUGCUAUGUUUGAUAUUGAAAAUAAAGAAGACCCUCAAUCAGCCUGGACAGAAGUAAAGAAACACAUUUCUAUUGCAGCCUUUACAAUUCAAGCAGCAGCAGGAACCCUGAAAGAAGUGUUAUAGGAAGGUCUCAGCCAAAUGGCCAUUAAAAGUGUUACUGAAAGUCUCAGGAUAAAAUCUUUCCUUGUAUUUUGAUCACUUAUGAAGCCAGAGUAUUCAAUAAUCUUGCUUUUCAUGUCCUAUUUUGAUUUAGACUUCCAUUCUGUUCAUCUGUAAAGAGUUUUUUGGCUUUUUAAAAAUUCAAAACUUCAUCACCAAAUCGUUAAUCUAAUAAAACAAAAGAACUCCAGUCUUGGGGCAGAAAGACAUAAAGUAACUGAAAAUUCCCACAAAUAACAUAUGACAAGGAACUUGGAGCUCUCAGAUGUUGCUAGUAGAAAUGUAAAAUGGUACAACCAUUUUGGAAAACAGUUUGUUAGCUUCUUACCAAGUUAAAAAAUACAGUUAACCCUUGAACAUGGGUCUGAACUGCACAAAUCCACUUAUACAUAAUUUUUUUCUAAUACAGCAUUUUAUGAUUUUAACAUUUUUCUUCUAGUUUUACUGUAAGAAUACAGGAUAUAAUACAUAUAUAUAAAAUAUGGGUUAAUCAACUGUUUAUAUUAUUGGUAAGGCUUCUGCUCAACAGUAGGCUAUCAGCUGUUAAAUUUUUAGGGAGUAGAGUUAUAUGCAUAUUUUUGUCUGCCUGGUAGAUUGGCACCCGUAACCCUCACACUGUUCAAGGGUCAACUGUAGUAACCCUUGCAAGUUAUUGUUUCAUAAGUUAUGUUUUUAUCAUCUUUAAUAAACAGCUGAUAAUUAGAACAAGUGAUUAUGUGCCAAAGCCGUGUAAUUAAGCAAGGAUGUUACAUAUAUAAUGAGCUAUUUUUUUUUUUAAUGUUGAUUUUUGAGGCAUAGAGAGUGCGUGAGUGAGCACAUGAGCAGGGCAGGGGCAGAAAGGGGUAGACACAGAAUCUGAAGCAGGCUCAUGGCUCUGAGCUGUAAGCAAGAGCCCAACGUGGGGCUUGAACCCACGAGCCAUGAGAUCAUGACCUGAGCCAAAGUUGGACGCUCAACCGACUGAGCCACCCAGGCGCCCGUGAGCUAUUUCUUAACGUUUUCCCUUACAAGUACUUUACCUAUAAGAUGUUUUAUGUAUGCCACUUGCUAAUGACAAAACAAAAAUCUAGUGAUGAAACAAAAAAAGGGGAGACUGAGGAAAUCACCAUAGAAAUCCACUGUACAAAGGUAGAAACAGAGGGAAAAGGAAACACAGGAGAUAAAAAAAAUAACCAGAAGGCAAAAAAGAAGACAGCAGUAGUUAAGUAAUUAUAAAUGGAUUGAAUUCACCAAAGGGCACAAAGUGGCUGGAUGCAAAAAACACCUAACUAUAUAGCUGUCUAAAGGAAACUCAUUUUAGUUCUAAAAACACAGACUCAAGGUGUAGGGACAGAGGAGGAUAUUCCAUGCAUGUAGAUACCAAAAAAAAGUACGCAUCACCAUAUUUAUGCCAGAAAAAAUACACUUCAAGCCCAAAACAUUAAGAGACAAAGAAGUCACUAAUAAUAAAUACAUCAAGAAGAUAAAACAAUUAUACAUCCAACAUCAGAACAUCACAAUUAAAUGGAUUCAACAGUCAUAUACAGAACAUUCCAACCUACAGCAUAAUCCACGUUUUUUUCAAGUGCAUAUGGACAUUUGCCAAGGCAGAUCACAUGAUAGGGCACAAAACAAAUCUCAGCAAAUUUAAGAUUGAAAUAAUACCAACUAUCUUUUCUGACCACAAUAGUGUAAAAUAGAAAUCAGCAAGAGAAAGCUAGAAAAAUCUACCAAUAUGUGGAAACUAAACAUACUUCUAAAUAAUCCACGAGUCAAAAAAAUGGAAAUAUGACACAUCAAAUCUUAUGGGGUGCAGCAAAAGCAGUUGAAAGUUUACAGUAUAAAUGCAUAUAUUAAGAAAUUACAAAGAUCUCAAACAGCCAGUUGUGAAAGUUACUCUAGGAAAUGUAAAAAGAAUAAGUCUAGACAUAGCAGAAGGAAAUAAAAGCAGAAAUAAAAUCUCUUUCAGAAAAAAGCAUCAGUAAAACCUAAAAGCUGGUUCAUCAAAAAGGUAAAACUGACAAAACUUUAGCCAGACUUAGAAAUGAAACCAAUCUUGGGGUGCCUGGGGGACUCAGUCAUUAAGCAUCUGACUUCGGCUCAGGUCAUGAUCUCAUGGUGUGUGAGUUUGAGAUGCCCACGUUGGGCUCUGUGCUGACAGCUCAGAGCCUGGAGCCUGCUUCAGACCCUGUGUGUCUCUCUUUCUCUGCCCCUCCUGCAUUCAAACUUUGUCUCUCUCAAAAAUAAACAUUAAAAAUUUUUUUUUAAAAAAAGAUCUUACAACUGAUACUACAAAAAUACACAGGAUUCAAGAGACCAGUAUCAACAACUAUAUGCCCCAAAACAGGUAAAAAGGAUACAUUUCUAGAAACAACCUAUCAAGACAAUGAAAAAGAAACAUAAAACAUGAAUAGACCAAUAAGGAACAAGAGACUGAAUAAUUUAAAACAUCACAGUACAAAAAAUAACCGAAGACCAGAUGGCUCCAUUGGCAAAUUCUAAUCAACACUCCGAGAAUUAACACCAUCUUUCUCAAACUUCCAAAAACUUUAGGUAUACGGAAUAUUUGCAAACUCAUUUAAAAGGCCAGCAUUAUUCUGGCGCUAAAGCCAGAAAAGAACAAAAAGCAGAGACCAAUAUUGCUGAUGAACACAACUCUCAACCAAAUAUGAGCAAACCUAAUUGAAGAACACAAAAAGCUUAUACAUCUUGACUAAAUGGGAUUUAUCCCUGGGAUGCAAAAAUGGUUCAAUACGUGUAAAACAAUAAAUGUCAUACAUCACGUUAAUAAAAUGAAAGACAAAAAUCACGAUCAUCUAUGCAUUUAAAAUGCAACAUCCUUUCAUGAUAAAAACUUCAGGCACAUUGGGUAUAGAAUGAACAUACCUCAACAUAAAGGCCAUGUAUGACCAACCCACAGCUAACAUGAUACUCAACUGAGAAAAACUGAAAGCUCUUGCUCAUAUUCAAAUCAGGAAGGAGGAAGUGAAACUGUCCCAUUUGUAGUUAAUAUGAUUUUGUAUAUGCAACAUCCUAAAGACACAAAAAAAACAAAAAAAAACGAACUAAUCAGGGAUUUCAGUAAAGUUGCAGGACACAAAAUGUACAGAAAUAAGUUACAUUCCUAUA